GCGCCCCCUGCAGGCCUCGACGGCGAACGUCCCGACUGUAGCCACGUCACACAGGCUAACAUGUUUAUGGUGCCGUUCACCAUUAUUCAAAAACACGCUGAUAAGUCAGUGUUGUUCAUAUAGCAAAAUUACGCCUCAUCGUAUCCUGUACGUACGUCGCCGGACUCUAUAGUACAACGAAGCCACGAAAGCCGACGGCUAAGCAAGGAUGACCCCAUAAAUGCUAGCCAUAUUUGCAGCGGCGAAACGACCACACACACACACACACAGGUCUAAUCUAUCCACAAAGGAAACCCCACACAGGGUCCACGUGCGAGCGACAACACCGGCUGACAUGCCGCUUGAUGCGAAGAGAGCGGCCGUGCAGCUAGUUUGUGGUGCCCUGCAGACGAAAAGCUCACAAGCCGGCUGAUCAUAUGAUGCUGCUUUUACGAACCCGGAGGGUGAUCUGUGAGUGGCAUAUCUCUACUUUCUAAGAAGAAGUGAACUGUGGGGUGUGGGGAGAGACGCCGAUGGAGGAGGACUGUGUGGGAUCUCCUCACUUGGAUUUGAGUGAUUCGGGCCCUUGGCGGACCCAUGAUCAUCAGCAGUUGAACGGAGAGGCGAAGGGUGAGAUAAAGGAGAUAAUAUGGCUGACACGACCGGUGAACUGCAACACUGUCGCGGCCGCGCUCUCCUUCGCCACAGCGCAGUGGGACAUUCCUGACGCUAACGCCGCCGCGAAGAGACCGACUUUUAAAACCGCCUGCGACUCUGUGGACAAUAUUUCAUCGCUGCGCGAACCUUUUCAUGGUGAUGAAGUGGAGCACAGAGAGGAACAAUAUGGCUUUGACUCAUCAGUGAACUCAACGGGAAAUGACUUCAAGCCAUGUGAUGCCGCAGAGGGACAAGGGCCGACGACACAACAAAGGGAACAUUCAGCGCAUCAGCUCUUAGACGCGGUCACGUUCGAGUCAGACUCAGAGGAAGAGGACCACGUCAUGUCUGAUGCGGGUAAUACCACUGUGGAUUUACGCCCAGAAGAACCACGGGAGGAGAAGGAUGUGCCGAUGACGGGACGCGGCGACUCAGAGGGAGCCCAAACUUCAUUUCAAAAUCCAAAGACGGCGGCUGGGAAGCAAGUGGGGAGUGGAAGCAACAUGUCAUAUCCCAAUGAAUGCGUCUCUAACCCUGCGAUGGCAACCGCACAGUCAAAACAAACCUUAAAGGUACUUGCUGCAGGAACCCCAAGUGAAAAGGUUCCAGCAGCUGAUGAUGCAGAAAGGGAACCACAAAAGUUCUCCCAGGACAACGGGCUGCCCUCGAAACAUGAAGACUCAGUCCAUUUGGGACAGCCUCAACAUUCAAAAGGAUCACACGCCUCAAUCCAGCCUGCGGACUCUGCUGUUGAAGAGCGGAAGGUCGAGACCGAGCCAUCGCGCCAGAACCAAACGUCCCAGCGUGCCACUUCCUUGGUACUCGAAGUUUCCAAUCAAGCUCGAAUGUCAAACGAGGUUCAGGAGGUUGCAAGCGCCCUCAACGGAUCUGGAGUGGUACUAGUGGCGAAGAGAGAGCCAAGCAGAAUGGCAGAGUCGGCAACUCCUCACAUGAAUGGAGGCGAUAUGGAUAGGGAGAAGGUGUGUCAACUCGCUGUGCGGCUCUUUAUGUUGGAUGGGAUCCAGCGCGUAGAUGUGGUCAAGCACCUUGACAAAGACACCGCCUUCAGCCGUGCUGUUGGGGAGGAGUACCUCAGGUUCUUUGAGUUCACCGGUCAAACUCUGGAUCAAGCUCUGAGGUCUUUUCUUAAAGUGGUCAUCCUGCUGGGAGAGACACAGGAGCGCGAGCGGGUGCUGCAGCAUUUCGCCGGCCGCUUCCAUCAGUGCAACCCGGACUCCUUCUCCUCACCAGGGGCUGUGCUGGCUAUCACGUGCGCUCUGAUGCUCCUCAACACUGACCUGCACGGACAGAACGUAGGGAAAGCCAUGUCCUCGUCCAAGUUUGUGUCCAACUUGGACGGCAUGAACGACGCAGAAAACUUUAGCAAAGAUCUGCUGAAAUGUCUUUACAACGCCAUUAAGAGCGAGCCGCUGCAAUGGGCUGUUGCCGAGGAGGAGCUGACCUCGGCGUUGAUGGAAGAGGUGAACGCGCCGCUGCGCUCCAAGAGCAACCCGUUCCAGGACGUCCCCCACGACAAGGCGGCCCCCGUGGUCAAGCAGGGCUUCAUCCAGAGGAAGCUCUACGCCGACAUUGAUGGGAAGCGCACUCCUUGGGGGAAGAGGCGCUGGAAAACCUUCUAUGGUGUGCUGAAGGGAAUGGUCUUUUACUUGCAGAAGGAUCACAGCAGGAGGGAGCAGCAGACCAAUGAGGAGGUGGUGAGCGUCCAUCACUCCCUUGCCGAGCCGGCGGCCGACUACACCAAGAAGCCGCACGUCUUCCGUUUGCAGACUGCUGACUGGAGAGUUUUCUUAUUCCAAGCAUCAUCCAAAAUGGAGAUGACCUCGUGGAUCAGCCGCAUUAACUUGGUGUCGGCUCUUCAUUCCUCCCCUCCGUUCCCCGCCGCCGUCGGCUCCCAGCGGAGGUUCUGUCGACCCAUACUGCCUGCCUCGCAGUCUGCUCACACUCUGGAGCGCCAGCUACAGUCUCACGCCGGAAGGCUGGAGUCCUUCAAGACGGACCUGUCGCACCUUCAGCAGAACCCACCAGAGGGCAAAAAGGCUCGAGGCAAGGAGAUGGAGGAGCACCGCACCAGGGCCGAGUACCUGCAGCAUGAGAUAUGUCGCUACGAGAGCUACAUGCAAGUGCUGGAGGCCUGGAAGAGUGUCGAGAAGACGGGCGACGGCACUCUGAUCGCCGCCGUUCUCUGCUCAUUCGACAAAGCCAUGUGCGCUUCGCCGGUGGCCGAGGAAGUAGAGGAAGACGCGGACGAAGGCCGCCUGACAAAGUCCCACUCCAGCCCCUCCCUGGACCUGGAUAUGGCACCGCAGUGCGCUCACAAAAUCAGACGCAACGUCUCCGAAAGAUGGACUUACCGGAGAACUGCGCCUCGGUUGAAUAAGGACGCAUGACAGCAAGACGGAAAAUUUUGUGACAAUUGUUUAUUCCUGGUACAAACUGAAACCCGACCACUCGUAUCCUUUUGUUUUUUUACCUUGUGCACUUUGACAAAAAUUUACCUCAGGGAUUCCCAAACUCAAAGAACCUGAUUCAUUUGUUUAGCGACCAAAAAUGUGUGGACCUGAUUGAUUGAUUUAUGUUGUCGUAGUAGUCCAAAUGGGCCUACCUGGUUUGUGACCACUUGGUGGUGCUGUAGUUAAAGCGGACGAGGUUGUUAUGAAUGCACUUUUGUUUAGAAUCUGUUCUUUAUUUUCUGUGUAACAGUCCGUGUCGUUUUUAUGAUAGCUUUGUUCAUAUGAAGGGUUCAUCUGUAAUGUUUUCAAUGUGUCCAGUGCUGGAGAUGUUUUUUAUUUUGUUUUUUUAAAUACAUUGAAAUAUUCAUUUUGGUACCAGACAAAUAAUUUUUGUAAUAUUUUGUGUUAGAAUAUCUGCGAGAAAAGACUCCCACGUAACGUGUCAAAGAAAUGCAAUGAAGGACUGAAUUUCUUUUCCCACCAAUAAUUUUUCACCAAUUAAAAACGUUUAUGUGA